GACAGAGUCGACAAGGAAGAGUCACGGUUAGCAGUGCAGUGAGAGAACUCUUCUCCUCGUAUGGUUCAAAAAUAAGGGACCGCUCUGACCAGUGUUGGUGCCACUGUUUCUCAGUUUGCAGAAGCCUCAGGAGUAGCAAGCAUCCUACCAGCUUUACACCAUGGUUGUCCCUGAGUCACACAAUGACAAACUGUCCCCAAACGGCUCUGUGGGCAUAGGCACCAUCCCACAGUACGGAUCCUACCCAUCUGCAUCUCAACACUCUGGAAGUCCACAACGUUUUAUCUCUAAUGGGAGUAUUUCAACAAUCAGCCCAAGUAUCCAUCAUGAUCCAGAGUACACUGAGACAGACUUUCUGCUCCCGAGUCAACUCUACGGUAGAUCAACGCUCAGUAGAUCCACGAGUGCAAAGGAUACGGGUGACUCCGUUCCACCUGCUGAGUCCCUCCGCUCCAUGCUGCUUCAGAUCCUGGUGCCUUUUCUGCUGGCCGGGCUCGGGACUAUCUGUGCUGGGAUGCUGCUUGAAGUGGUGCAGAGCUGGGACGUGUUCCAGGAAAUCACAGAACUUUUUAUCCUGGUCCCUGCAGUGUUAGGCAUGAAGGGUAACCUGGAAAUGACUUUAGCCUCGAGACUCUCCACUGCUGUGAAUGCAGGAAAAAUGGAGUCCACCAGAGAAAAGUGGAUGUUGAUCAUGGGGAACUUGGCGCUGAAGCAGCUUCAGGCCACAGUGCUCGGGCUGUUAGCCUCUUUGAUGGCGACUGUGUUGGGCUGGAUGGCAGAAGGACAGAUGCCUCUACAUCACAUAAUGCUCCUGUGUUCUGCCAGUGUUUCUACCACCUUCUUUGCUUCAUUGCUGCAAGGUAUUAUUAUGGUGGGAGUGAUCCUUGGCUCCAUGCGGAUGGGUAUCAACCCUGAUAACGUGGCCACACCGAUGGCUGCCAGUUUUGGAGAUCUCAUCACUCUUGCCUUGCUGGCCUGCUUCAGUCAGUGGUUCUUCUCCCUCAUAGAGCUGUAUCCCUACGUGUUGUACCUGGUGGAUAUGUUAUUUAUAUGCCUGAUUCCUCUUUGGGUGGUCAUCUCCUCCAAACAUCCAGCCAGUCAGCUCCUGCUCCGCACGGGCUGGGAACCAAUCAUAACAGCUAUGGUCAUCAGCAGUAUUGGAGGACUUAUUCUGGACAAGGCUGUAUCCGAUCCAAACUUGGCAGGAAUCAUAGUUUAUGCACCAGUCAUAAAUGGUAUUGGAGGGAACCUCGUCUCCAUUCAGGCCAGUCGUAUUUCCACUAAUCUGCAUUUGAAUUACUCACAUAAAGAGGUACCUGAAGACCGUAAAGGCUGUUUUAGCCCUUGCCGCACUUUCUUUGGUUCAGGAGCAAACCAUCGAUGUGCUCAGGUUCUUCUUCUUCUGGUUAUCCCCGGUCAGAUCGUCUUCUUACACGCUAUCCACCUUUUAAAAGGAGGCCACACUUUGCCUAGUGCUCUCUUCACUGUUGCCUUCUUGUCUGCUUCCCUGAUUCAGGUCUUCUGCCUGCUUUGCAUAGCAGACUGUAUGGUCCACUUCCUGUGGCGUCAGGGUAAAGACCCCGACAGUUACUCAAUACCCUACCUCACAGCCCUUGGAGACCUACUAGGCACAGUGCUCCUCUCUCUAGCCUUUGUCCUGCUGUGGUACGUUGGUGACUCAGGCAUCGUAUAGGUUCAAAGAAAGGAACAUUUUUCAACAAAAACUCAUUUAUUUCAAAGAGAUACCAAAUAGAAAUGACAAAGUAACUGAACAUUUGCAGCAAAGACAGUCAUCUAUUUAUUCUUUACAUUUUGUUUCACUUUGUCAUAAGUAUCCAACUAACAGAUUUAACAAAUGUGGUAUUUUUUCACGUCAAUUUAUAAUCCUCAAUCUGCCGGCUUCCUGACAACAUUGCCAGUCUUUGUUGACCUUAUGUCCCCCGAUGAGCAACUUUGCUUACUAUUCAGUUUGGGGCCUUACAGGAUGUUUAUUAAAGCACUUUCUGUGUUUCACAGCAACUUGCCAAAUAUAUGGAUGCUCACAAUAAGCUUAAGGCUCAUAUAGCACAGUAAGGGGCACUUCAUUGUAGCAACACUUAUUAAGAAACACGUUUUUGUGACCUUUUUCUCAUUACACCAAUUGUUAUUAUAUAUGAAACAAAUAGAAUGUUCCUAACUUAAUACAAAAGUUUGGUAAAAAUGUGGAACUUAGUCUAAACUGAUGUUUGUGGGGGAAACUUCUGAAGCAAUUGGAUACAGGACUCAAGAGAGACACGAGGAGAGCUGGAGCUUUGAUGGUAAACGCUGACAGUUUAUUUGGAGCUUCGGCCGGAGAAUUCACAAGACAUGUCAUGGGCCACGAUCUGAUCACACGAUUGAGAUGCCAAAUCAAUUCUGAGGGUUCUCCUCUCUGGUAGGAGGUUUUAAUUAUAGUUCGCUGAGGGUAAUCAACAUUCUUCAAUAGACUAAACAGCUGGUGAAACUGAAUCACAUUUGUUGUCGCUUAUGGCUCGCGGUCAUCUACACCCCGAGAAGGAUGUGUUCCAGGUGUCCCACAACAAUAACUAUCUCUGACCGAGAGUUGCCCGGUCAUAAACUGGUAACAACAACAAAAUGCUAGGGCAGCCCCUCCUUAAGGGAGAUAGUGGUUGCCCAAGGUUGGGCAUCUGCGUCAGAGGGCGAAGGAGGACAUGCAGGGAAAAUUAUUCCCUGACAAUGUAUAUCAUUUUGGAUAACAGGAAGUGUAACACUACUUGGUCUUCUGAAUUUGUAUUUCAUCUGUUUGCUUUGGGUUCUUCCAUUUUAAUUUUGUUUCAUUUGGAUGUGGAGCUUGGCAUAAUGUGAGUCCCCUUUAUCACCAAUGACACAAUGCAAAAACUUUCGCUUCAUAAAAAAUGUUUUACAAAAUUAAGGAAGAACUGAAUAAUUACAUAUUGUUAUAAAAAUAUCAUUCGUCACCGGCUUGAGCUUCAAUAUCAGAAUACAUGUAUUUAUUAUCCUGUCAAGUUUAUGGAAGUCAUCAUCACAUACAGAGCAUUUGGUACAACUAGUUCCCAUAAGUGUCCUUCACAUGCUUAAGAGAGGGUGUUACACAGUCACAAGAUGCAGGAAUACAGGUUCAAAGCAGUAUUCAAUGUUUAGUUUAGAUUAGCUAAGACCCACGUCAGAAAUGAUCAUGCUUGUCAUAUGUCUAUCUCCAUUGAGACUGAAUCAUCAUGUUAAUCACAUAGCUAUCAUAUGCCUACAACAGUGUGU